AUGCAAAGGGGUUUGGAUUCACAAACUAAAAAACAACUAGAAGAGGAAGAAAAGAAGAUAAUAAGUGAAGAACACUGGUAUCUUGAUUUACCAGAUCUGAAGGAGAAAGAGAGCUUUAUAAUAGAAGAGAGGAGCUUUAUGCCAUGUGAGGAUCUACUUUAUGGCAGAAUGUCCUUCAAGGGAUUCAAUCCAGAAAUUGAGAAGCUAAUGAUCCAAAUGAACUCUAAAUGCAAGGAAGAAGUUGUUGAAGUGGAUGAUAAAAUGGAAGCUGAUGUGUCAGAUGAAGAAAUGGCCAGAAGAUAUGAAACAUUAGUGGGAACAAUAGGGAAGAAAUUCUUGAAAAAAAGAGACCAGCGUGUACUCCAGAAUGAAGAUGAGGAUGGGAACACAAGACCUAGCAAGAAAGCUAAGAAGUUCUUAAAACCUCAGGAUUAA